AGCACAGCACAACAUGUUGAAGACCGUAUGUUCCAGGGCGCAGAGCGAAACUUUAACUUUGGCUCGUCGUAUCAGCGGGGACUAAAUACCAAAAUACAGCCAUGCUAUGAAUAUAGUUAUGAGUUCAGUCUUUGUUGAUUUGAAGGCUCUUCUUUGAUUUUUCGACAAUACCGAAAUAUUUGCAGCAAAUAAGAAAGAAAAAGACUGACCGAGAGCGAGCGAGAGAAGGGAAUCAAAGAUGCAGGUCUCUGUGGUGCUGUGUAGCAUGUUAACUUUCUUUCUUCGCAGUCAAGGCGUGUUGGGCAGUGCAGAGUGUUCAUGCGGGCGCAACCACUUCACGUGUGCAGUGAGCGCGUUUGGGGAGUGUACAUGUAUCCCGGCCCAGUGGCAGUGUGACGGGGACAACGACUGUGGAGAUCACAGCGACGAGGAUGGAUGCAUGCUGCCCACCUGCUCUCCACUGGACUUCCACUGUGACAAUGGGAAGUGUAUCCGCCGCUCCUGGGUGUGUGACGGGGACAACGACUGUGAGGAUGACUCCGACGAACAGGAUUGUCCUCCUAGAGAGUGUGAAGAGGAUGAGUUCCAUUGUCAGAACGGCUACUGCAUCCGCAGCCUGUGGCACUGUGAUGGGGACAAUGACUGUGGGGAUAACAGUGACGAGCUGUGUGACAUGCGUAAGUGUUCCGAUAAGGAGUUUCGCUGUACAGAUGGGAGCUGCAUUGCUGAACACUGGUACUGUGAUGGAGACACUGACUGCAAGGACGGAUCAGACGAGGAAAACUGCCCAUCUGAUGUAAUGACGGCCACUUGUAGUGUUGAAGAGUUCCAAUGUGCGUACGGACGCUGUAUUCUGGACAUUUACCACUGUGACGGAGAUGACGACUGUGGAGACUGGUCUGAUGAGUCCGACUGCUCCUCCCACCAGCCUUGUCGUUCUGUGGAGUUCAUGUGCAGCAGUGGGAUGUGCAUCAACGCUGGCUGGAGGUGUGACGGGGAGUUUGACUGUGAUGACCAAUCAGAUGAGAAGAACUGCACCACCUCCAUGUGUACUGCGGAUCAGUUCCGCUGUGCAUCGGGACGCUGUGUCAGGUUGUCAUGGAGAUGUGACGGAGAGGAUGACUGCUCUGACGGCAGCGAUGAAGAUGACUGUGAGAAGACUGACACCCCUCCAUGUGCUCCAGACCAGUUUCUGUGUGGUAACGGCCGCUGUAUUGGCCAGAGGAAGGUCUGUAAUGAGGUCAGCGACUGUGGAGAUGGGACUGAUGAACAUCCUCACCAGGACUGCCGCCCGCGGUCCAGCGAUGGCAACUGUAACCUGAAUAACGGAGGAUGUUCUCAGAAAUGUCAGAUGGCCAGAGGUCUGGUACAGUGUACCUGUCAUACUGGCUACAAACUGAUGGAGGAUGGCAUGGCCUGCCAGGAUGUGGAUGAGUGUGCAGAGGAGGGCUACUGCAGCCAGGGCUGUACCAAUACAGAGGGAGGGUUCCAGUGCUGGUGUGUGCAGGGCUAUGAGCUGAGGCCUGACAAGCGCAGCUGCAAGGCGCUGGGUCCUGAGCCAGUGCUGCUGUUUGCGAACCGUAUAGACAUCCGCCAGGUUUUGCCCCACCGGUCAGAGUACACUCUGCUGCUGAACAACCUGGAAAAUGCCAUCGCUCUGGACUUCCACCACAACCAGGAGCUGGUCUUCUGGUCUGAUGUCACGCUCGAUCGCAUCAUGAAGGCUAACCUAAACGGGAGCAAUGUGGAGGAAGUGGUUUCCACUGGCUUAGAGAGUCCAGGUGGUCUGGCUAUAGACUGGAUCCAUGACAAGCUAUACUGGACUGACUCAGGGACGUCCCGUAUUGAGGUGGCCAAUCUGGAUGGAACCCACCGCAAGGUCCUCCUAUGGCAGAGCAUGGAGAAACCCCGAGCCAUCGCACUGCACCCUAUAGAGGGUAAGAUCUACUGGACGGACUGGGGUAACACUCCUCGUAUCGAGUAUGCCAACAUGGACGGCUCCAACCGCCGCGUCAUCGCCGACACCCACUUGUUCUGGCCCAACGGGCUUACCAUCGACUACGCCGGGCACCGUAUGUACUGGGUGGAUGCCAAGCAUCACGUCAUCGAAAGAGCUGACCUUGACGGACGGAACCGUAAGGCCGUCAUCAGCCAAGGCUUGCCCCAUCCAUUUGCCAUCACGGUAUUUGAGGAUAGCCUUUACUGGACAGACUGGCACACCAAAAGCAUCAACAGUGCCAACAAGUUCACAGGCAAGAACCAGGAGAUCAUCAGAAACAAGCUGCACUUCCCAAUGGAUAUACACACACUGCACCCGCAGAGACAGCCCGCAGGUGGGCGUAACCGAUGUGGGACCAACAACGGGGGCUGCAGCCAUCUCUGUCUCCCAGGCAACAAGACCUAUACCUGCGACUGCCCCACGGGCUUCAAGAAAGUGGACCAGCAUAACUGUGCCCUGAGUCUUGACAAGUUCCUGCUUUUUGCCCGAAGGACGGACAUCCGACGAAUCAGCUUCGACACCGAGGACAUGUCGGAUGAUGUCAUCCCGCUGGCCGACGUACGCAACGCCGUGGCACUGGACUGGCAUGCCGAGGAGGGCUUCAUCUAUUGGACGGACGUCACCACCGACUCCAUCAACCGGGCCCAAUGGGACGGCUCAAGGCAGGAGGUGGUGGUGGACACCAGUCUGGAAAGUCCAGCUGGUCUGGCUAUUGACUGGGUGACCAACAAACUUUACUGGACCGAUGCAGGUACAGAUCGUAUCGAGGUAUCUAAUGCAGACGGGAGCAUGCGUACUGUUCUGAUCUGGGAGAAUCUUGACCGACCCAGGGACAUCGUGGUUGACCCAAUUGGAGGAUAUAUGUACUGGACAGACUGGGGUGUGAGUCCUAAGAUAGAGCAGGCAGGGAUGGACGCAUCCAGCCGUAUCGUCAUCAUCUCUUCCAACCUGACAUGGCCUAACGGACUGGCAAUUGACUACCAAACACAGCGCCUGUACUGGGCCGACGCCGGGAUGAAGACCAUCGAGUUUGGCAACUUUGAUGGCUCAGACAGACAGGUGUUGAUUGGCAGUCAGUUGCCCCACCCCUUUGGGUUGACUCUGCAUGAGGAGAAGCUCUAUUGGACAGACUGGCAGUCAAAGAGCAUCCAGUGUGCCAACAAAAUGACUGGUCUGGGACGACAGACACUCGCCGAGAACCUGGAGAACCUCAUGGAUAUUCACAUGUUCCACCGCUACCGCACCACCGUGCGGACACCUUGUGCUGUGAAUAAUGGGGGCUGCAGUCACCUGUGUCUGUUGGCUCCACCCACAAAAGGCUCCAGCUGUACCUGUCCUACUGGCAUCAACCUUCAGCUGGACGGAAAGACCUGCACACACGGGAUGAGUAGUUUCCUGAUCUUUGCACGGCGGACUGAUAUCAGGAUGGUCUCUCUGGACAUCCCCUACUUUGCUGAUGUGGUGCUGGCUGUCAACAGAUCCAUGAAAAACACCAUCGCUAUCGGAGUGGACCCUAAAGAGGGUAAAGUGUACUGGUCAGACAGCACACUGAAGAAGGUGAGUAGAGCUAACAUCAAUGGGACAGCUCAUGAGGAUAUCAUCGCUACAGGUCUGAUGACCACUGAUGGUCUGGCGGUGGAUGCGGUGGGUCGAAAGAUCUACUGGACGGACACCGGAACGAACCGGAUCGAGGUGGCCAACCUGGACGGCUCCAUGAGGAAGGUUCUGAUCUGGCAGAACCUGGACAGCCCGCGAGCCAUCGCCCUCUACCACGAGAUGGGGUAUAUGUACUGGACAGACUGGGGGGAGCAUGCUAAACUGGAGCGGUCAGCGAUGGAUGGCUCAGACCGUUUGGUUCUGAUCAGUAACAACCUUGGCUGGCCCAACGGACUGGCCAUCGACAGUGCCGGCUCACAGCUACUGUGGGCUGACGCACACACAGAGCGCAUCGAGGCGGCAGACCUGAAUGGGCUGAACCGCCGUACCCUGGUAUCCCCGGUUCAGCACCCGUACGGUCUGACUCUACUAGGACCACACAUCUACUGGACCGACUGGCAGAGCCGCAGCAUCCAGCGGGCUGACAAAACCACCGGCGCCAACACCAUCACCGUGCGCAGCAACCUGCCCGGGCUCAUGGACAUACAGGCCGUGGAUAGAGAGAAGCCACUGGGUUUCAAUAAGUGUGGUAGAAGGAACGGGGGCUGUAGCCACCUGUGUCUGCCCCGCCCCAACGGUACUUCCUGUGCCUGUCCCACCGGCAUCCUCCUCAAGGGGGAUGCCAGGUCAUGUGACGACUCCCCCGAGACCUACCUGCUUUUCUCCAACCGGGUCAGCGUGCGACGGAUCUCCCUGGACACAAAUGACCACACAGAUGUGCAUGUGCCCGUGCCUGAACUGCACAACGUCAUCUCACUGGACUACGACAGCGUGGACGGGAAGCUGUACUACACCGAUGUCAGCCUUGAUGUUAUCAGACGGGCCAACCUGGAUGGUACAGGGAUGGAGACAGUGAUAAGCCAGGGUCUGAAGACUACUGAUGGUCUGGCUGUGGACUGGGUGACCAGGAAUAUGUACUGGACGGACACAGGUCGCAACACCAUUGAGGUGGCCCGACUGGAUGGGACCAGCCGCAAAGUACUAGUCAACAACAGCCUGGAUGAACCCAGGGCCAUCGCUGUGUUUCCCAGCAAAGGGUACCUGUUCUGGACAGACUGGGGUCACAUUGCUAAGAUUGAGCGGGCACACCUAGACGGAUCAGACCGUAAAGUUCUGAUUAACACAGACCUGGGCUGGCCCAACGGACUCACACUGGACUACGACACACGCAGGAUCUUCUGGGUGGAUGCUCACCUGGACCGCAUUGAGAGUUCCGACCUAAACGGAAAGCUCCGUCAAAUCCUCAUCAGUCCUGUGUCCCACCCCUUCGCCCUCACACAGUUGAAGCCGGUGUCCUCCCCUCUAACCCCUUUCUCCCGACUCUCGCAGCAAGACCGUUGGAUCUACUGGACGGACUGGCAGACUAAGUCCAUUCAGCGUGUGGACAAACACACUGGCCGCAGCAAGGAGACGGUCCUGGCCAACGUGGAGGGCCUCAUGGACAUCAUCAUAGUCUCGCCACAGAGGCAGAGCGGCACUAACCACUGUGGGGUGAAUAAUGGAGGAUGUACUCAUCUCUGCUUCGCUAAUACAAACAGCUUUGUCUGUGCCUGCCCUGAUGAACCAGACAGCAGGCCCUGCUCCACAAUCUCAGGUUAUGUGCCAACCUCACCAGACAGAGAGACCACCAGCACCCCAGCCCCUAACAAGAUCCCCAAAGCCCCCACAGACACGCCUCAGCAAGGACCCCCACUGAUUAACUGCACAGACAAGAGCCUGAGUGUGGAGGGCUGCUUAGAGAGCAACGUGGUGACGGCUCCUCACGGGGAGGGGCUUCAUAUCAGCUAUGUGAUUGGAGGAGCGUUGACCAUUCUGGCCAUCCUGAUAAUCAUCACUGCCUUCAUUAUUUACAGACACAAAAAGUCCAAGUUUGCUGACCCCGGGGUGAGCAACCUGACCUACAGUAACCCCUCAUAUAGGACGUCAACGCAAGAGGUCAAGAUUGAGACCUCUCAAAAGCCGCCCAUUUACAACCAGCUACGAUAUAAGAAAGAGGGGGGCGGGGACAGUGGCUACACCAAGGAGAAGAUCCGCAUCGUGGAAGGAGUGUGUCUCCUCUCCAGCGAGGAGCUGUACUGGGAGGACCUGAAGCAGCUGAAGCCGUCACGUGGUGGUCUGCACACAUGCAUGCGCACGGACACUGUGUCCCUGCAAGCCAGCAGCGCCUCGCUGGAUGACGGCGAGACAGAGCAGUUGCUCCAAGAGGAGACGUCAGAGUGUUCGUCCAUAAACACGCUGACCCCCGUCACCGUCACACCCCAACGCCACCCCCAACACAGCCUGCCCGACACCGGCUGGACCCCCGCACGCAAACCCUCCACCGAGAGUGAGGUGUAGGGGAGGCCUCUUGCUUCACUGCCUCCCUACUCCUACUCUUUACCCUUAGUCCUCCUGAUCCCUUCAACUACACACCCUUUUUCUCACACACACACACACACACACACACCUGUAUACAGUAUACAUGCAUACAGUAAACGAUACGUACUUAUGCUUCAGGCCACAGUGAGUCAUACACAAACUGACACUCAUACAGAUAGGUGGUACAUACAAACAUUACAGUCACAUACAUACUUCAUGCUACACACACAUUUAUGCAUGCAUACAAAUCUGGCAUCUCCUCGGCCCGCUGGACUUCGUCCUACACACACACAUCCGCACUCUUACCACCACCCUCUCACAACCACAAACUGACUCACCGCUACCCACUUCAGGCAACAGACUGAAUUACAAUUUACAAGCAUGCUGGAAAAAGAAAGCAAAAAAAUACACUUUGAGAAAAGAAAUGACAUAUGGAGCCUUUUUAAAGAAUGCAACCCCUCAAGGUGAGGGCCGCUUAGUAUAUUACAUUGCAUUUUUUGUGAAGUUUUUGACAAAGCUAAAAACGAUAUACUCCCGCAGGAGACUAUGUAACAAACCGCUCGCUCUCUCUAUAAUGCCACUCAUCAUAUACCAUGUCCUUAUGAACUCUAUUUAUGAACUUUUUGUUCUUUGAGUUGGUUUUUGCUGAUUUUAAAGAAUGUUGAGAGUGUUGUGUAGAUCUGUAUUACAGUAUGACCCAGUCAUUCAAACCUCUAUAUUUAUGUGCCAAAGGGUGGAGCUUCGCUACGUCUACAUUUAUACUAGAAUAACAUUUUAUAGGCUAUGUGCCACGUCAAGGACAGACAGACAGACAGUUACCUAUGGGAGAGCUCAGCAAUGGGACGAUCUGUUUCAAACAUGUUUCACAUUGUAUUACCUCCUCUUCUAAAACCAACCAUGGACUUAUCUAUCUGGUCUCUCUUAACUGGUACUCUAGACAGGUCCUGGAAACUGGUACUCUAGAUUGGUACUGGAAAUGGGAACUCUAGACUGGUACUGGAAACUGCAUUAACAAUCGUUGAAAUCCAUUCAUUUUAAAAAUCUAAAGUAAACUGCAAGUAAACCAUUUCUGGUCCUCGUGGAAUAGCAUUCUCGAUGAAGUAUAAGUGCCAAACAUUUUUUUUUUUUCCUCAGUUUGAAAUUUCUUGGAGUUUGUAAAAUGUGCUUGACAUUCUUUUAGCUGUCCUGAUUAAGGCAAAUAACUGUCAUCUCUGAACCUGUAAAGCACUGUACACUUAGUGCCCACUGUUCUAGUCUAAACUAUAGAAUAAGCUUCAGUGUAUUAUGUCAUUUGACAAGGUUGCCCUCUGUGAAAUAUACAAUGCACAUACAGUGCAUUCGAAAAGUAUUCAGACUUAUUGACUUCUCCACAUUGUUACUUUACGGCCUUAUUCUGAAAUUGAUUAAAUAUGUUUUUUUCCCCCAUCAACCUCCACACAAUACCCCAUAAUGACAAAGAGAAAACAGUUUUUUAGAAAUGUUUACACAUUUUAUACAAAAUGUAAAACAGAUGCCUUAUUUACAUAAGUAUUCAGACCCUUUGCAAUAAGACUCAAAAUUGAGCUCAGGUGCAUCCUGUUUCCAUUGAUCAUCCUUGAGAUGUUUCUACAACUUGAUUGGAGUCCACCUGCGGUAAAUUCAACUGAUUGGACAUUAUUUGGAAAGGCACACACCUGUCUUUAUAAUGUCCCAAAGUUGACAGUCCAUGUCAGAGCAAAAACCAUGCCAUGAGGUCGGAGGAAUUGUCCAUAGAGCUCAGACACAGGAUUGUGUCGAGGCACAGAUCUGAAGAAGGUUCCAAAGAACACAGUGGCCUCCAUUCUUAAAUGGAAGAAGUUUGGAACCACCAAGACUCUUCCCAGAGCUGGCCGCCCGGCCAAACUGAGCAAUUGGGGGAGAAGGGCCUUGGUCAGGGAGGUGAACAAGAACACAAUGGUCACUCUGACAGAGCUCCAGAGUUUCUCUGUGGAGAUGGGAGAACCUUCCAGAAGGACAACCAUCUCUGAAGCACUCAACCAAUCAGGCCUUUAUGGAAGUGGCCAGAGGGAAGCCACUCCUCAGUAAAAGGCACAUGACAUCCCUCUUGGAGAUUGCCAAAAGGCACGUAAAGACUCUCAGACCAUGAGAAACAAAGAUUCUCCGGUCUGAUGAAACCAAGAUUGAACUCUUUGGCCUGAAUGCCAAGCAUCACGUCUGGAGGAAACCUGGCACCAUCCUUACGGUGAAGCAAGGUGGUGGCAGCAUCAUGCUGUGGGGAUGUUUUUUAGCGGCAGGGACUGAGAUACUAGACUGGAUCGAGGGAAAGGUUCACCUUACAACAGGACAACGACCCUAAGCACAAAGCCAAAACAACGCAGGAGUGGCUUUGGAACAAGUCUCAAUGUCCUUGAGUGGCCAAGCCAGAGCCCGGACUUGAACCUAAUCGAACAUCUCUGGAGAGACCUGAAAAUAGCUGUGCAGCAACGCUCCCCAUCCAUCCUGACAGAGCUUGAGAGGAUCUGCAGAGAAGAAUAGGAUAAACUACCCAAAUGCAGGUGUGCCAAGCUUGUAGCGUCAUACACAAGAAGACUGCCAAAAGCGCUUCAACAAUGUACUGAUUAAAGGGUCUGAAUACUUAUGUAAAUGUGAUAUUUCAGGUUGUUUUUUUAUACAUUUGCAAAAAUGUCAAACUGUUUUAGUGUUGUCGUUGUUGGGUAUUGUGUGUAGAUUGAGGGGGGGGGAAUAUUGAAUCUAUUUUAGAAUAAGGCUGUAACAUAAAAAUGUGGAAAAAUUCAAGGGGUCUGAAUACUUUUCGAAUGCACCGUACAGUAUAUGAGAUUACCAUGAACCAUAUAUCACAGAGGUGUUACCUUAGACAAAGAAUAUACCACUGGUAAUUUACGGAACCAUCCAUAUUAUUCAAAUAAAAACAAUAUAUAUUACAUAUGCAGCGUUUACCGUGAAUGCAGUCUCCACGAACUUGGGAACAUUGCCUUUACAUUUCAAUCGCGCUGUAGUGCGGAUCUUCAACAUUACGGAUUGAAUUUAGCCCUUAGAUUAACAUUGUUUUGUACUGUACAAUCUGUCAUGGAAAUGCAUAGGGUGGGAAAUAGAGCAUUGCUCUGGACAGAUAUCAGUUUGAGUUCUCAAAACCAUGUAUCUUGAAGUAACUUCAAGUUCAGCAACAUGCUGAUUUGCUGCUAGACAGGAAUUCCACAGCACUGAUGCCAAUGAGAGAAGGUCUUGGCAGCUAUUUUACCUGAGGUCUCUGAUGUUUGGAUCACAGACACAUCAAUCUGACCAAUGCUUCAAUCAUUAACUACGCUAACACACAGAAUCCCACCCACUCAGCGAAGGUUUCUAAGCUGUACAGAUUUUACCAUGCAUUUUAAGCAGACAAAUUGUCAAAUAUAUUGUGUUGAUUUUGUUGUAUAGAGAGUAUUUUGUACAAAGGGAUUUCAUUAUUGUUUUUACUUGUAUUAAUAUUACUCACUGGAGAAGAACAUUUUUGUUUUGCUGGAUUAUUUAACCACUGUGUUUCCAAACAUUGUAAAUGAUAGGGUUGCUGCCAGUUAUUUAAUAAUGGUCACAUAUAACUGUUGUAAAGUUAACUAAAAGAGAUAUUUAUGAUUUCUUUGUUUGGUUGUCACUUAAUGUGUAAAUAUGAAAAAUACUAAAUGAAUUUCCUGCAGUACUAACAAGCUGUGUUGUGUGAUGUAGUGAAUUACCCCUUUGCUAUCUUUUAAUAUAAACUGCGUGACACAAU